UGAGCCAAUCCCGAUUCAUUCUGUCUUUCUGGCUUUCGACUAAUCUUUACCCGCUCUGAUUGUCUCGCAUUCCCUGUCGCGCAAGGACCACAUGUCCUUAGGUUGAACCGUGCGGCCAAGUUACGAAGAGUGUGGGUAUGAAACCAAGUCAGCGUGGCGCUUGCAAACAAGGUAUAUAUGGACUCUAAAGAGAAGGUGUUGGCGGGCCUCGAGGAGGUCGUUGCUCAAAAGCCUAAUUUCCAUUAUUCUUCUAUGGUGCUUCUUCCCUAGCUACCGCCAGGAUCUGCUGAAGCAUACGUGUCCUCGUACCCCCGAACGUGGAGCGCAUACUGAUGAUGUGCUUGUGAAGGUUCACUUCUAAUGGGUAGCAAACGUCGACAUCGACCGGAAGUCUCUAUUAGUGCCGCGUCGCCUCUCGAUGAAGAUGAUGCGACGAGGAAGGCGGUCAUGGAGAUUGUGCAAGUCUGGCUUGAUAGACUACAACUCAUCAGCAUCAUCACUACCUUCUUCGCGUCCAUUGACGGUUUGUUGCUGGGUUUCAGCUCCAACAUCGCGCAACUAGGGGUUAAGGAUGUCUUUGAGUGGGAUAACUCACUCCAGCUCAUGAUGGCAAGUUUCUCGGGUGCUCUCAUAUUUCACGUCUGUUCAGCUAUUACGUCGUUUACAGGAUCGUUCAUUCUCAUCCGGUUUAAACUUCUCGAUGCCAAACAGCAUGAACACGAGAUUGAAGUGUCGACAGGGAGCGCGCAUCCUUCAACAGCCAACCUCCCCCUCCAUACCACGUCCGAGAAAGAAAAGGCACAAGUGAAAGUGCACCGUGCGCGUAGCAACCCCAUCCCUGCUCACCUCACGAAUAACAUUGUUCCAACUCGCUCCGGCAGAACCAAGAUCGCGGAUACGGCUAACAUUUCAAACACUUCUUUGCCCCCUCACCUCUCUCGGACGCAUACAACUAACUCUUUACACAAUCUCGCAGCAGCAGCCGAGCAUUCCUUGGAUUUCCUCCCGAAUUGGAGCGAUAUAUUCAAUAGUUUCCAAGGACGUGUUUGUAUCGAUCGUGUACAUCCUUUUGCAUUCGUUUCCCCUCGUCGCAGAAAAUCUGGUUUGGAGGGUCCGGAGGGUGGCAAAGGCUCUGAGGAUCAGGAUACUAGUGGGACAGAGUUGGAUCCUCCUGUGAAGCUGUUGACACGGUGUCACAGCUUGUCUACUGUGAUGGCUGUAUGCGGUUUCGUGCUCGCUUGUGUGGGGAUCUUGGCGUUUCUAUGGACGUCACUUCCUAGGAGUGUGGGUAUCUUUGGGAGUGCUUGUCUUGGUGUUUGUCUUAUUUCUGGGGCGGUUGUUUUUAACCUCGCUUGAUCGUUCAUGUUCAUUCUGGGAUUAGUACUUCGCUGUCUUGGCUGGUCGCUGUCGUACUGCAUCGCCCUGUUUUCCUAGUACUUCUCAUAACCUCAAUACCUGUAGACACCAUACAUGCCACGCAAUAAUGUACAUCAUGUAACGUCCCAAACAUUCAAGUAGAUAAAAGUGGAUCACAGCUUUGGCUUCUCUUGGAUCGACUCCCCACCGUC